CUUCUAACGUCUCUGCUCACCAGCGCUAACAUCCUAUCGAACGUUGAUCCAUGGUCCAACUCGUCUGGCUCAUCACUGGAACGACAUCUGGCCUCGGCCGCGAUAUCACUCUUGCCGCUCUCAAGAGGGGGGACAAGGUCAUAGCAACUGCACGCCGACCUUCCACCAUUGAAGAUCUCAAGGCUGCCGGGGCAUCUAUCCUCGAACUGGAUGUCACCAGUCCCCUUGAAAAGUUGAAGAAAGUCGCGGAGGAGGCACACAGCAUUUAUGGAAGGAUCGAUGUGGUUUUGAACAAUGCUGGGUAUUUUGAGAUUGGUUCUUUGGAAGAAAACACUCCAGAAGAAACCUUCAAACAGUUUGACACGAACGUCUUUGGGGGUCUUAAUGUUGCCCGUGCGUUCUUACCAUACCAGCGAAAAGCCAAGUCAGGUACCAUCGUCUGGAUCGGUUCCCUCGGCGGAUGGGGGGGAGGAAGCGGAUACGGUCUUUACUCUGCGACCAAGCAUGCCGUACGCGCCAUCUCGGAAUCUCUCCAUGAGGAAAUUUCUCCUCUCGGUCUUCGCUCGAUCUACCUCGAACCAGGCUACUUCCGCACGUCAUUCCUCAAACCAGGAAAACGAUCCGAGUACGUCAAUCGUAUCGAAGAUUACAAGUCUGAGAUCACUGCUCGAAUUGAGGUGUUCGUGCAGUAUGAUGGCAAACAACCAGGGGAUCCAAAGAAAUUUUCACAGUUGUUGAUCGAUUUUGUGAAGCUGGAGGGACCGUUCUCGGAGGAGCAGAGAGGUGGAAAGAAGGUUCCAAUUGGAUUACCUGUUGGAAGCGAUGCAUAUGACUUUAUCAAAGCGAGGGUGGACGAGGAGUUGAAGAUCAUCGAGGAUUGGAAGGAGGUGAUUUCUAACACUGAUAUCUAAUGCGAUGCGUUCCCAUCAUCCUUUUCCUGUGUAUAGUAAAACCUCAUGUGUUUGCGAAGAAAUGAAUAA